AAUUGAACCAUUCAUUCAGAAUACGUCGAAGCAAUCGCAAGUGAUUUUCUGAAAUCGAAAGAGAUUGUGUUAAAUUUAAUUUGAAAAAAAUAUAAAACAAUGCCUAGACGCGGACGAUCUGCAAGCCCACCACCAGCCCCUCAGCGAAGGGCUGCGCCAGCACCAGCACCUGCGCCGAGCCGAGUUCCGGCUGCCGCGCCUGUUUCGACACCUGCACCGAUGGCCGCUGCGCCCCAACAGCCGUCCCUGUUCGGACAAAUGGCUGCCACGGCUGGAGGAGUCGCCGUUGGCUCGGCUGUGGGUCACGUGGCUGGUAGUGCUUUAACUGGCAUGUUCAGUGGAGGUGGCAGCAGCGAGCCUGCACCGCAACAAGCUGCUCCGGCGGCAGCAGCCCCUGCCUACAACCAGGGACAACAGCCAACCGGACCGUGCGCCUGGGAGAUCAAACAGUUCAUCGAGUGUGCCCAACAGCAGCACGAUCUCACACUGUGCGAGGGCUUCAACGAGGCUCUCCGCCAGUGCAAAGUUAACAACCAUUUGUAAACACUUAAACUGACAGGUGCCAUUUCUUUUUUAGGAUUUUUUGUUCAAAAUCAUGCUAUAUUGCCUUUUUAGAAGAUCCCUUACAGAACUAUAUAGAAAAUGUACACAUUCAGUUUUCUAUUUAAAAGGCUACCUCUAUCUAAGAACUUUUAAUUUUAAUAGUAAAAUAAAGCACCUGCCAAGUACUUUCAAUAUCAAUUGAUUUCUGUUUAGCAGUUAAAUGUAAUCAAACAUUCUAGUUAGCAAAUUAUUGUUCUGUUGUUAUAUUUUAAGACCUGUGAUGUAGAUUUUAUUAUUUACAAUUUAAUUGUAAAUCUGAUUUACGUAAUUUAGACAAAUUCUAUAACAUACAAUAAAUAAAAAAACCGAAAA